AUGGUGGAGCGCUCGGACGAGGCGCCGCUGCUGUUCUGGGCCGAGGGCCCCGCCGUGUCGGCGCCGCCGCCCGCGGCCGAGCCGGGCAGCAGCGGCAGCGGCGGCGGCGGGCGGAGGCUCGGCGGCGGCUGGAGCGCGGCUCCGUGGGACGGCGAGGGGCCGGUGGAGGCGGCGGGGCCGCCGCGGGCCGAGGCGGAGGAGGACCAGAUCGUGGCCGUCUUCGUGGUCACCUUCGACCCCCGCACGGGCAACAUGGUGGAAUGGUGUUUACCCCAAGAUAUAGAUUUGGAAGGUGUAGAAUUCAAAUCCAUGGCAAGUGGGUCCCACAAAAUCCAGUCAGAUUUCAUUUAUUUCCGGAAAGGGCUCUGUUUUGGCCUGGCCUGCUUUGCCAACAUGCCUGUGGAGAGUGAGUUGGAGCGUGGUGCCCGCAUGAAAUCCGUGGGUAUCCUCUCUCCUUCCUACACGCUGCUGUAUAGGUACAUGCAUUUCCUGGAGAACCAGGUCAGACACCAGCUGGAGAUGCCAGGGCACUACUCCCAUCUAGAGGCAUUCUAUGAUGACAAGAAAGGAGUUCUCCCUGAUAGCAAGGGCACCCCAAGCUCUCAGCAACCUGUCCACUGGCUGCCUUCCAUCCACAGAUACAUGUACCCAGAGAUGAAGAUCACACACCCUGCUGGCUGUAUGUCUCAGUUCAUCAAAUUCUUUGGUGAGCAGAUCCUCGUCCUCUGGAAGUUUGCCCUGCUGCGCAAGCGCAUACUGAUAUUUUCACCGCCCCCAGUUGGAGUUGUCUGCUAUAGAGUGUACUGCUGUUGUUGCCUUGCAAAUGUUUCUCUGCCUGGUCUUGGAGGAACUGUCCCAGAGUCCAAACCAUUCUUCUACGUGAAUGUGGCAGACAUAGAAAUGCUGGAGACAGAAGUAUCAUAUGUGGCCUGUACAACAGAAAAGAUCUUUGAGCAAAAACGGGAUCUCUAUGAUGUCUAUGUGGACAACCAGAAUGUGAAGACGCAUCAUGAACAUCUGCAACCACUCCUGAAAAUUAACAAUGCUGACAAGGAGAAGUACCGACGGCUCAAUGACCAAAGGCAGAUGUUAAUGUAUUCUCAAGAAGUGGGUGAGGAUUGCAGCUCCUGUGAAGAGGACCUUUUCAUCUUGUUUUUCAUGGAGCAGAACAACCGCAUAUUCCAGACUCUGAUGGAGGUGUCAGCCAGCCAGGACAAGACAUUGACAGCUGACCACGCACGAGGCAUGGGCCUGGAUCCCCAGGGGGAUCGAAGUUUCCUUAUGGACCUCCUGGAAGUGUAUGGCAUUGAUGUUAUGCUAGUCAUUGACAACCCCUGCUGCACUUAAACCAAGGGCAAGAGAGAUGGGGAGCAAAGAUCAUUUUUUAAAGACUACCAGACAUUGCUUAGGAGGAUCACUGGAACUCACCACGGCCACAGUUAUUUAAUAACUUUAUAUGGAGAGUAUUUAUAAUUUUAAAACAAAAUGUGAUUUUAUUUUCUCACACUCAACUUCCCAGUGAGUACCUGCUCCAGGGUUCCUUUUGGUUUUUGUCUCCCUUUCCCUUUCAUUUGUGUUUUUUUGUUGUCUAGCUAGGACCAGUGGCACCUUUGCACCAAACCUCACUGUUGCCAGUGAUAGCUAGGUUUUGGCCUAGCCUGGAUACCUGAGGGCUGAAGACUUCAGGAAAGCACUUUGAUGACAACCAAUGUGAAAUACUAUAGCUGAGCUUUCAGACUUGGCUGGAAAAUCCUCCUAUCAACUCCCCCUUCCACUUGUGGACUGAAGAGGGCUUCAGCACAAGCUGUUAAUGGCCCAGUCUCACAAAUAGCUCCUACCAAGUUUAUUGGUGGGACAGUUAAACCAACGAUAAGAACCAGGACUCCUUUAAACACUCCUCACCCAACUUUAAAGUGAUUUGGAAUAAAGCCACCUUUCCUUGUAAAUGGCAGAAGGAAGUUUGGGACUGGGGACACUACAGGAUCUUAUGACUUUGCUUACUGGAGCAGCAUGGUUUCACUUCCAGCAUCUGAGGUGGUCUAAACAGAGACUGCACCUACCUAUCGUAGCUGGAGAAGAGCACCCUCUCUCCUCAAUCCUUCCCACCACCUCCUCUGGUUUUUAGUUGCAUCACACCUGCUGCUUUGG